AAAAAAAACAUAUUUUUAUUAUUUUUUUCUGUAAAUUCCACCAAAAAAAAACUCAAACACGCCUAACAUCGCAGUUCUAUCUGAAUAACACCCUAAUUACUCAUCAAAGGUGUGCUAACAUGAUACGAGGGUGGCCUAAUCUAAUUUCUAGAUCAGUUCAAUUCCUUGCAUUUUUGCAAUGUAGAACACACUAAAGGGUACUCUAAGUUGCCCAUUCUCAGAGCAUUUAUGACCUAUUCUUGAGUUUUUAGUGUCAAGUCUGGAUAUGGUGCAGGAUGCACAAGAUUAACCAAAUUGUUGCAGACCACAGCUUAUACCUUCGAAAGAGUAGCCACCUUUAUUAUGCUGUUGAGACUCCAACAACACCUGAUGCUUUCGAGAUCUUUGGAGGUUCUCCCUGGCUGAUUCAUUCAAGAGCUUUCUUGGAGUAUUGUGUCCAAGUAUGGGACAACCUUCCAAGAAAAAUACCAAUGUACCUGAGCGAUACAGCAUCCCCACUUGAAUCCUAUUCCCGCUCUGUCCUAUGCAACUCUCCUGAGUUCAAAAAUACUACAGUAAACAACGCUUUAAGGUGCAAUACUUUGGAAAGUUGUACGGAUGACGAGUCACUCUAUGACAAGAUGCUAAAUAAUGGUGCAGCAUUUGCAAGGCCAUUUAAAGAAGAUGCCGUUGCACUAGACAUGAUUGAUGAGAACGUCUUAAACCGUGAAUUCCUAAUGGAAUGGUGCCUGGAAAAUGGUGCUUGGACCAGGACAGAGGCUUCAAAGCCUACAGGGGAGGUUUUGUGUUCAGAUUGGGGUAACAUUGAUGCUGUCAAGCCGGCUGGGUCUUAUGGCAUCAAGUUAGGAUUCUUAUUGUCUGGGAUUGCCAGUGAAGAGAAAUUGAUGAGGACUAGUCAUAGGAACCAAGCAGGCUGGCAGGCAUGCAUGUGUAGAUAA